AUGGCAGCAGUACGCCCCCCACCACAACCCCGACCAACACCCUCCCCAUCCUCCUCCUCAGACCUCCUCUCGACCUUCGCUCCCGCUCCAGAAAUCUCACCCGGCGAGCGCUCCGGCGCCGUCAUCAAGCGCCUGAUCUUGGAGAAUGAAGCCCGCAAGCGCGAACUCACCUUCGAGAUACGAUCACGAGAAGAGCUCCAGCGGCUGCGAGAAGCGGACAAAAUCGUCACCAGCCGUCUCGAAGCAGAAAACAGCACGCUGCGGAACGUGCACGAUGUCGAUGAGCGGGCCCUGCGGCGGCGAGACCGGAAAAUCUACGAGCUGCAGGCGAAGUUGGACAUUGAGGUGGAAUUGAGGAAAGGCGCGGAACAGAAGGAGGCGCUUAUGUCUCAGCAACUCACGGAUGGCAUGGCGCUGAUGAGCAGGCAGCUGGCUGAGGCGAAAGAGCUCCAGCGACGGGCAGAAGCGCACGCUAAAAGUUUAGAAGGAGGGUUGGAAAGCUUCCGUGGGCAUGUGGAGCGCACUGUCGCUAGCAUGCAGUCAGACAUCGACGAGCUCCGGAGGCGCGAGACGGAAGAACAGUCGAAAAUGCAGUCGUUGCUCGUGCUGCUCGACCAGCAGCGGCAAGAGUCGAGUCGAAGGGAAUCCGUGGUGCUCGAGAUGCGCCGACUGGAGGACGCUCGUGAGAAGGAGGUUGGAGAGCUACGGGCAGGCGCCGCCGCUCUGCGAAACAAGAUUGAUGCCAGUGAGGCGGAUGCAGAUAUCCUCCGCGGCGAAAUGAAGGAGACGCUGGGUCAACUCCGCUGGGCGAUAGGCCUUGAGAAGGCGAAAAGGUCCUGA